AGCGGCCAGCAGCAAGCAGCAGCAAGAAGAAGGGAAGGCCUGGAGGAGAAGGGUUGCCAUGUCUGCCAAAGCUAUUUCGGAGCAGACAGGGAAGGAGUUCUUGUAUAAAUACAUUUGCACAUCCUCUGCUAUCCAGAACCGCUUCAAGUAUGCCAGAGUAACACCUGAAACUGACUGGGACCGUCUAAUCCAAGAACAUCCCUGGCUCCUGACUGAGAGUCUAGUAGUGAAGCCUGAUCAGCUGAUAAAACGGCGAGGCAAACUUGGAUUAGUGGGUGUGAAUCUCAAUUUGGAUCAAGUGAAGGCUUGGCUGAAACCACGUCUUGGACAAGAAACCACUAUUGCUAAAGCUAAAGGCAUCCUAAAGAACUUCUUGAUAGAGCCUUUUGUUCCACACAAACAGACACAGGAAUUCUAUGUGUGCAUUUACGCAGCACGUGAGGGGGACUAUGUGCUAUUCUACCACCAAGGUGGUGUGGAUGUGGGAGAUGUUGAUGCCAAGGCUCAGAAACUGUUGGUGCGUGUGGAUGAGAAGCUGGAUGAAUCUGAUGUCAAGAAGCAUCUCUUGGUGCACGCUCCACUGGACAAGAAAGAUGUCUUGGCAAGCUUCAUCUCUGGUCUGUUUAAUCUUUAUGAAGACUUAUACUUCACAUACCUGGAAAUCAAUCCACUAGUUGUAACUUCAGAUGGUGUUUACGUACUAGACCUGGCUGCAAAGAUAGACGUGACAGCUGACUACCUCUGCAAAGUGAAAUGGGGUGAUGUUGAAUUCCCUCCUCCCUUUGGAAGAGAGGCUUAUCCAGAGGAAGCCUAUAUUGCGGAUCUAGAUGCCAAGAGUGGUGCCAGCUUAAAACUGACAAUUUUGAAUCCCAAGGGCCGGAUCUGGACCAUGGUGGCUGGAGGUGGUGCUUCUGUGGUCUACAGUGACACCAUCUGUGACCUUGGUGGGGUAAAUGAACUGGCCAACUAUGGUGAAUACUCUGGAGCUCCCAGUGAACAGCAAACCUAUGAUUAUGCCAAGACCAUCCUCUCCCUCAUGACACGGGAAAAGCACCCAGAAGGCAAAAUCCUGAUCAUCGGAGGGAGUAUUGCUAAUUUUACCAAUGUGGCUGCCACCUUUAAGGGCAUUGUUCGUGCCAUUAAAGAUUAUCAGGGCCCUUUGAAAGAGCAUGAGGUGAGGAUCUUUGUGAGGAGAGGAGGCCCAAACUAUCAAGAAGGCUUGCGUGUCAUGGGGGAAGUAGGAAAAACUACUGGCAUUCCUAUUCAUGUCUUUGGUACGGAGACUCAUAUGACUGCUAUUGUUGGCAUGGCCCUCGGACACCGACCCAUUCCAAACCAGCCUCCCACAGCAGCCCACACUGCAAACUUUCUCCUAAAUGCCAGUGGCAGCUCUUCAACCCCAGCACCAAGCAGAACGGCAUCUUUUUCUGAGUGUAAACCUGAUGAAUUUGCUCCAGCUAAGAAGGCAAAGCAAACAGCACCAUCUGAUGCAUCCCCAUCUUCGAGACGUGUUCAAGGGAAAGCCACAACUUUGUUCAGCCGUCAUACCAAGGCAAUUGUGUGGGGGAUGCAGACGCGGGCUGUGCAAGGCAUGUUGGACUUCGACUACAUCUGCUCCAGAGAUGAACCUUCAGUGGCAGCCAUGGUGUAUCCAUUCACUGGUGACCACAAGCAAAAAUUCUACUGGGGUCACAAAGAGAUACUAAUCCCUGUCUUCAAGAACAUGGCUGAUGCCAUGAGGAAGCAUCCAGAAGUUGACGUGCUGAUCAAUUUUGCCUCCCUCCGCUCAGCAUAUGACAGCACCGUGGAGACCAUGAACUAUCCGCAGAUCCGCACAGUGGCCAUCAUUGCAGAAGGUAUCCCUGAGGCACUGACUCGCAAGUUAAUCAAGAUGGCAGAUGAGAAAGGAGUCACAAUUAUUGGCCCUGCAACGGUAGGUGGAAUCAAGCCAGGAUGCUUUAAGAUUGGAAAUACAGGUGGGAUGUUGGACAACAUCCUGGCAUCUAAGCUGUACCGCCCUGGCAGUGUGGCCUAUGUCUCCCGUUCAGGGGGCAUGUCCAACGAACUUAACAACAUCAUCUCCAGGACCACAGAUGGAGUCUUUGAGGGUGUUGCCAUUGGUGGCGAUAGAUAUCCUGGUUCCACUUUCAUGGAUCAUGUUUUACGCUACCAGGACACUCCAGGGGUGAAGAUGAUUGUUGUGCUAGGAGAAAUUGGAGGAACAGAAGAGUACAAAAUCUGCAGGGGUAUUAAAGAAGGACGGAUCACUAAACCAGUUGUCUGCUGGUGCAUUGGAACCUGUGCUACCAUGUUUUCUUCAGAGGUACAGUUUGGCCAUGCAGGAGCUUGUGCUAAUCAGGCAUCUGAAACUGCUGUGGCCAAAAACCAGGCUCUGAAAGAAGUAGGUGUCUACGUCCCACGAAGUUUUGAUGAGCUGGGAGAUGUGAUUCAGUCUGUGUAUGAGGAUCUCGUUUCCAAGGGAGUGAUUGAGCCAGCCCAGGAAGUGCCUCCUCCAACCGUGCCAAUGGACUACUCAUGGGCAAGGGAGCUUGGUUUAAUCCGGAAACCAGCUUCCUUCAUGACCAGCAUCUGUGAUGAGCGGGGCCAGGAAUUGAUCUAUGCUGGUAUGCCCAUCACUGAGGUCUUCAAAGAAGAGAUGGGAAUUGGUGGUGUUCUGGGCCUCUUGUGGUUCCAAAGAAGGUUACCCAGAUACGCCUGCCAGUUCAUAGAGAUGUGUUUGAUGGUGACAGCAGAUCAUGGCCCAGCAGUAUCCGGAGCCCAUAACACUAUUGUUUGUGCUAGAGCUGGGAAGGAUCUCGUCUCCAGUCUCACUUCUGGUCUGCUCACAAUUGGAGAUCGGUUUGGUGGUGCACUGGAUGCAGCAGCAAAGAUGUUCAGCAAAGCAUUUGACAGCGGCAUCAUUCCAAUGGAGUUUGUGAACAAGAUGAAGAAAGAAGGGAAGCUGAUCAUGGGCAUUGGCCACCGGGUCAAAUCGAUCAACAACCCAGAUAUGAGAGUUCAGAUACUUAAAGACUUUGUGAAGCAGCAUUUCCCUGCAACACCUCUUCUAGACUAUGCUCUGGAAGUUGAAAAAAUUACUACUUCCAAGAAACCUAACCUCAUCCUGAAUGUUGAUGGUUUCAUUGGUGUUGCCUUUGUUGAUGUGCUUAGGAAUUGUGGCUCUUUUACACGGGAAGAAGCUGAUGAAUAUAUUGACAUUGGUGCCCUCAAUGGCAUUUUUGUCCUUGGCAGAAGUAUGGGAUUUAUUGGACAUUAUCUAGACCAGAAGCGGUUGAAGCAGGGUCUUUACCGUCACCCAUGGGAUGACAUCUCCUAUGUCUUACCAGAGCAUAUGACUAUGUGACAGCAGAAGGAAGCAAAAUGAAUUGUCUUUAGAGAAGGUCACCAUGUCACUACGUGUCCUCGCUGUUGAGAUAUAGGAAACCAAGGACUGACUGGGUUCAAAUUCUUUACAAAGCAGUCUUUUACAGGCCUUAGAAGUGGAUUCUAUAAAUAAUGAUAUACCAAAACCUGUUGCUAUUUCUUGCUGUAUUUAAUAUGUAAAAGCAGUUGCACUGUCUUUGCUUGUUCCUUUGUUUUAUUAAUUUUCUCCUUCUGCCUCCCCACUUUUGCUUUUCUGCAGUGUUUUCUGGUCAAGUUUUAAUGCUUUUUUAUUAUUAUUUUGAACCAUGACCUCAUUAGGCUUGAAGAACCAGAAAGUGUCAUUAAGCCAACAUUACCAAAAUUGUGAAGAACAUUAUCUUUACAAACUGUAUAAUUUGUCUUGUCUCCUGUAUGUUCAUCUCCAUUGUUAAGAUUGUAUUUCUGGUCAAGGGUACUAUUGUUGAUUUAAUAAGCCAUUCCAAGUCUGGUGUAGUAAUUUUAAAAUGUAAACUGGUAACAUAAACUCUUGUUCAAAACUGUGAAAUUUGUGUGCAUUCCAGUUUAUUUAUGCAGCUAAUAUUUUUACUCUUCACAAAAAGUCCAUAUAAAAUACAGAUCAAAGGUUGGCCUAUGUUUAUAUAAAUAUACUUAUCAAUAUAUUUAAUCUCUGGGCCUCUAACAUACCCACAACAAUAUUCAGUGCUUAUUUGUCUCUGUAUUAUAAUCUGUCUCAAAUAAAAAGUACAACAAUAAAA